GUCCACCCCACCCGUUCCCAUCAUGUGGUACCUGCACACAGUAGUGACCAUGGCCGAGUCGACCCUCUUCACUCUCCAAGCCCUCCACUUUAUGGUUCGUCCCGACUCGGCACUGCGGCUGUACUUUGGCGAUGACUUUGUCGAGUCGGCGCCGGCGAGGACACUCACAGCACUGCGGAUGACACUGGCAAUCGCUGGCGCUGCGUCGAUCGUUCUCGCCGCGCUGCUGUGUGUCUCGGCACGGUUCAUGUCCAAGGCCAAGUGCCGAUCGCUCGGCCAGGCCCAUGUGGUGGCUGCUGCCUUUUUCGGCUGGUCCAUCUUUGGCUCGACUGCUCUUGUUGAUGCCGGCUUCCCCAUCCGCCCGUACAUGCUGUGGGCGGUGGUCAACGGCCUGCUCGGCCUCUUCUUCCUCACCACAACCUCCAUCGCGCGCAGGUACGAUCCGUCUGCCAUGCCGCCGCUCUCGAGUGAUGACGCCGCUGCGGCGACCAAGUCCGAGUAGCCUGACCUCACCACUCGCCGGCCUCCAGCGCAAUCCCGUCGCCGUCGCGGUGGACGUCCGGCUCGCCGCCGUCGACCACCAGAUGGUCCAUGUCGUCGUAAAAUGCCACCCGGUGGUCGAGCUUGCCUGCCCGCCACGCCACCGACAGCUGCCACAGCUCCCAGAAGAUGGCGAGGACACAAAUGGCGAGGACGCUGCCGAUGACCGCCCACGCGCUGCCCGUUGCCACCGCCCGUGCCUCGCUCGACGGCUCCUUCUCCGAAAGUGCAACGCGCCGAGGACC